UUAUAAGAAAAGAUAGAAACAGAGGUUUUGAUGACGAGCACAACAUGUUCAAUGGACACGAGUUCUGGCACUAUUAACUAAGCCAAGCUAAAUGCUAACAUCAGCAUGCUAACAUGCUCACAAUGACUAAGCUAGCAUGCUGAUGUUCAGCAGGUAUAAUGGUGUCUAGAAGAUAAGCCCCAAGUUGCGAAUCUCUCGCGAGAUGGUUAAGGUUAGGAUAUGUUGUCAGGCAGUGAGUCUUGCAAGAGUUUCUGCAAUUUGGGGCUUACCUUCUAGACAUGACCGGGCAUAAUGUUUACCAUGUUCACUCUCUUAGUUUAGCAUGCUAACAUUAGCUAAAUAACACUAAACAAAGUACAGCUGAGGCUGAAGGGAAUGUCAUCAGUGUAUUUGGCCAUAAACCAUAAUUAACCUAAUGGUGACGCUAGAUGAAAAGUAGGGCGAUCACCAAAGUCAUUAGGAUUCAUCCACUGGGCACCGUGAAUAUGUGUACCAAAUUUCACGUUAAUCCGUCCAAUAGUUGUAGAGCCAUUUCUCUAAAAAACAAAAAAGUCAACCUCUUGGCAGCGCUGGAUGAACAGUCAGGGGAUCAACAAAGUCAGUAGGAUUCAUCCUCUGAGAAACAUGAAUGGCUGUACCAAAUGUCAUGACAAUCUGUCCAAUAGUUGUUGAGAUAUUUGGAAUAAAGUGAUGGACCAACCGACCGACCAACCAAGUGGCAGACCAACAUUAGCAUGAGUGAUGGCUCUAGCAUGGCUAUAGAUCUCAAAUAAAGGCAAUAUUAAAAAAAAAUAAAAACUCCUAAAUAUUUAUCAGCCCUAUUCUUAUUUGAUUUAUUAAAGAUAUAAUAUUGUUAAACCGGGAUCACUUUUAUUUAAGUUAUUACAGGAGUAAGAGUGAGAAGGGGAUGCUUGCUUCCUGCCUUCUUCUGCCAACAAUUAUGUGGAAACUUUUGGGAAAUUGUUGAUGUUUGGAGAACCUUAACCACCCAUGUGACAGGAUCUCCAUCAGUGUCAUUGUCACUUUAUUUCACACAUAAGACCCCUUCUCAAAUGACUAGGUACUAUCCUACAGCAUUGUUCACUUUUGAUUGCAAACUGUAUAAGAAUAAUGUUUCCUUGUUUGUAUUUUGCUGUGGUUCUGUAUCUCCUUACUGCUGAUACAGACCAGCUUUGGUUGAAAUACCAAUUUUAAAUUGUUAUUUAGAUACCUCCUGUUGAUGACAGUGAGGCGUAUGACCAGAUUAUGAAACAUAAGCCAAAUGUAAAAGCUAAUUUAAAAUGUAAACGAAGCUUUUUAUUUGUGAAAAAUAUUUGUGAUUUGUAAAGAUUAUUUUGAUUAUAAUUAGAUCUGAGCCCAAUUUAGUAAAACUAUCAAGUGACGUCUGUUCUGUAAAUCUGCUUUUUGUUUAAAUUAUAAAUGAUUCAUGCUCAUUUUCAAAUUUUCUAAGUAUAACUCUGUCAGGCAUCAGCCAUUCAAUCCCCCCUACCAGCGGCUGGCCACCCCCAUCACUUAAUGUUGAAAAUGAGGCAGCAUUCUCCAUGGAAACCGCAGCCCUCUGAGGCUGUCGCAGCUAAUCCUCAGAGGCUUACUCAACUCUUACUGCUCGUAAGAGGGUUUUAACAGCAGCACCAAUGCCCAAGAAUUCUCCCCAAACCAGCUCUGGAUCUUCUGUUUAUCCCAGCGGAGGAGCAAAACAAACCGAGUUACGUACAGCAGCAGAGAGGAGCAGAGGGGUUCAUCAUCCGCUCUAAGCCAGUCCUGGGAGCUUGAGGGAGUCUUGGUAGGAACAUGCACUUCAGGAGCACUUUGCUGCUGCUUCUCUGUCUGCUGGAGCUGGAGGUGAGAGGGCAGGAGCGGGGGUACCUGCAGGAGGCUCUCGGGGCCUUGGAUCUGCCCCUGGGUACCAACGACGAGCCACAGCUCCAAAAGAACCACACCGGCGUCCUGAUCUCUAAGCUCCUCGGGGCAGUGCACUGUGCAGAGCGGACCGGCACCUCUCAGGAUGUCUGUGGCAAGUGCCUGACACCAGAUGUAGCUCUCUCUGUGCUAGAGCAUGAUGGGAAGGCUUACCUCACUGAGGAGGACUACCAGCGGAUCUCCACCGUUCUGCUGUACUACAUAAUCAACUUGCAAGACCUGUGUGUGUCAAAUGCCGCCUCCCUUUCUUCCUCCUCCUCAUCCUCAUCCCCCUCCUCAUUUGGGAACUAUCAGUUCUACCUUUUGGCACUCACUAAUAUACACCCGGCUGAGGACAACCGCUUCCUGUCGUCCAGAGAAACAGAAAGUAUCCUGCAGCUCAUCAACCAGCACUACGAGCCCUCCGAUCAGGACGCCUCAUCUGAUUUGCAAUGUAUCGAUGCCGCUCGCCUCCUUGAGGAUGUUAACGUACAAGAAGAUCCAGGGGCUGGUGUCUCGUCUGUGCCCAAACUGGCUGCGGCCAUCAUCAGCCACAUCCUGCAGGGCCGCUGCUUCAGACAGAGGAACCUCCCGUCUCCUGCUUUCUUCACCGACUACAUCUUCCAAUCCCUAAAUCGCACAAGUGACCUGCAGAUAAUAGAUUUAGAGGAGUUGCUCCAUCAGCUGGGAGUAGGACGGGAAGCAGCGACGCACUCUCACAACAGGAAGAGGCGGAGUUCACAGAAAGGGGCCGGGCCUCCGCCGGAUGGUUGCAACCAUGAAACUGGUGAACUGAGCAGAGACUGGGCACAGGUGUGUUUUUCAGCCAAUCAGCUAGUGGAUAUUUUUGCUCUGAAUCCUCAUUUGACAAUUUCCAAGGAGCACUUCAGACAAAUGUGCCCAGCCAUCAUUCAGCAGUUGCUAGGCAAUGCCUGCGAGUCUGCAGAGCAAAAACGAAGAGGAUCUCUGCCCACUGCUCUCGAGAAGUACGGCUACAGCACGGCCGCCGUCCUGCUCAUCACGGUGGGCUCCAUGCUCGGUAUCUGCCUCAUCUUCUUCAACUCCUGCCAGGAAACCUACGCGCUCAUCCUGCAGCUGUUUGUGGGUCUGGCAGUGGGAACCCUCUCAGGAGACGCUCUCCUGCACCUCAUACCACAGAUCCUUGGCCUCCAUGAUAACGCACACAGUCACGAUGGCGAACACUUUACAGAAGGGAAGGAGUAUCUGUGGAGGAUUUUGGGCAUAAUUGCAGGGAUCUACGGCUUUUUCCUCAUUGAAAGAAUCGUCUCCUUUUUUGUUCCCCAUGGCCAUGGUCAUAGUGACUUUCCCUUAGAGCUCAACUGCAACGGCCAGUCACAGAGGGGCAAGUCCAUCUCCACCAUACAGCUGGGGCCAGUGGAUGACCUGGAGUGUACAGAAGUAUCUCCUGAACAUGUAGACAUGAGGAGCUCUUCACAUCAGAGACAAGGGGUUCCUCUGCUGGCUGUGAUGGUAAUCGUGGGAGACAGCCUUCAUAACUUCGCCGACGGCCUGGUUGUCGGGGCGGCCUUCUCCUCUUCACCCGAGACUGGCAUGGCGACCACCGUGGCCAUCCUGUGCCACGAGAUCCCGCACGAGAUGGGGGACUUUGCAGUGUUGUUGAGCUCCGGGCUCUCAGUGAAGACUGCUGUGCUAAUGAACUUUCUCAGCGCUCUGACGGCCUUCAUGGGCCUCUACAUCGGACUGUUUGUUUCCUCGGAGAUGGAAGUGCAGCAGUGGAUAUUCGCUGUUACUGCUGGGAUAUUCCUCUAUUUGUCACUGGUAGAAAUGCUUCCAGAGAUGAGUCGGGUGAAGACGGACCGACCAUGCCUCAUGUUUCUCCUGCAGAACCUCGGCCUGCUGAUGGGUUGGGCCUGUCUCCUGCUCCUCGCUCUCUUUGAACAUGAACUCAAAUUCUAAAUGCAGUGAACGUGAGUCGUGACGUAUCUCCCUUCACACAGGGUCGAGCCCAAACAACUUGUUUUCUAGUGUUCUUUUGACUUGAAAGUGUUAGUGUGUCAUUAUUGGUCAACGAGUGAGUAUUUCAUGAUGUCGUAGUCUCAGCACUGGGUGGUAAAUGUACGUUAGCUGUAUGAAUCCUCUCUUUUUUUUUAUACUUCAUGAUUUAUUUUUGUAUGUUACAGUAGGUGUCUGGACACACUAAAUAGUUUAAACUCUAAUAAUGAUCCUAUUUGGCAGAUUCAGGUACAAUUGUGCAUAUUGUUCUGUGAAAUAUGUACGUUGCCUCAGACAAUCAAAUCAUUUGAUUUUGAAGUCUCACAAGCAAAAAUAUAAAGUUAAUCGUAAAAAGUAAA